AUGGGUAAGGAGGGGCCGGGACUCGGUGGCAGGGAUUUUUCAGUCCGUCUGUCUGUCCCGCAGCUGACGCCGGGAGGGAAGGCAGCCCAGGCUGGUGUGGGAGUGGGCGACUGGGUGCUGUACAUCGACGGGGAGAGCACCAGCUCCAUGACGCAUAUUGAGGCCCAGAACAGGAUCCGUGCCUGUGGGGACAGGCUCAGCCUCACCCUGAGCAGAGCCCAGAACCACCUGGGGAAGCCACAGAAGGACUCACUCCCCUGCUCUGAACCCCUGAAAUAUAACUUCGCUCCCAGCACUGCCCUCAACAAAACAGCUCGGCCCUUUGGGGCCAGCUCGCCUCCGAACCCACGGCCCGGGCUGGUGACGAAACCUGUGACGUACGUGCCCCUGGCGCCCACCUGCACCCCCCAGCACAACGGGCAGCCCCCGCAGGCGCUGGAGCCCCCCAGCACCCCCGUGUACGACCCUGUGAAGCUGCGGCUGAUAGAGGAUGCUGAGGACUGGCAGCGCCCCGGGCCCGCCCAGUCCCGCUCCUUCGUCAAACUGGCCCGGCUGACGGGCACAGACGGCA